UACAGUAAAUUAAAAAAUUCGAAUUAAAAGUUAACGAGUAUUUAACUGGUGUUUUAUCGAUAGAUAAUAAUUUUAUGAACAAUAUAGAGGGCGUGAAAAUGAUUCGGUUUAAAUAAUUGGAAUUAUAGGUGGCGUUUUGUUCGAGAGAAAAGACUCGGAGGAAGAGGUUGUGCUAAGAAGUAAGGGAUGCCCUCAUAAGUCAUAGAGAAUGGAUAAUUUAAUGAGAGUGUUUAUGGGGAUUGUAACGGGAGCCAAAGACUCUAUAUGGGGUAUAUUAUCGAUUCGAGACAUGAAUAAAGAGAAAGAAACAAAGCCCGUUAACCAAUUAGUAACAACAACAUUGUCAAGGAGGAGAAAACAAGAAUCGAAUCGAAUCCCUGAAAUCAAAAGUGAAGAGACAAAAAUUUCUAUAAGAAUAUUCCAGUGUUGUUUGCUCAAUGGUGGGAUAUUUUGGGCAAGUAUCGCAAUUUUCUCUUACUUAGUAUUACCUGGUCUUCAUAAACUUAUGAAUUUUGUGUUUAGUCACAGCCCCAGUAUGGCUGCUUUUGUGUGGAGUUGGUUGAGACCAAUUCUGUCUUGUGUGUUUGAUGCACUUUGGGUGCUACCUCUAUUCCUGCUGAGUCGCAUCAUCAAUAGCCUGUGGUUCCAAGACAUUGCCAACACUGCUUACAGGCACAUUCGCGGCCGCCCCCAGUACGUGGGAGGAUUUAGCAAGACGUGGGCUGACAAUCUGUUCAGUUUCUUGAUUCAGGUUUUAUUUCUGAUGCAGAGCUAUCUGGUGAGACUAUUACCGGUAUACAUUCUGGGCCAGGUAGCCGGAAUAGUGCAUCUGUGUAUGUUGUAUUCAUUUUAUGCCUUCGAGUAUAAGUGGAUCAACAUGGGAUGGGAACUGCAUAGGAGGUUGGCAUUUAUUGAGAUGAAUUGGCCUUACUUUAUAGGUUUUGGCCUGCCACUCGCCGUCCUGACGUCGUUGUCCUCCUCUUUCAUUACCAGCGGGAUCAUCUUUGCCAUAUUUUUCCCGCUCUUUAUCAUUAGCGGAAAUGAAGCCGUUCCCAUGACUGGAACGUGUGAAUAUAGACUUAGGUUGUUUUCUCCCGUCGUCUAUCUAUCGAAUGCCUUUUUCCACCGUACUAUUAAUUUGGACAGACAAAAACUUGCAGCGAGAAAAUUACACAGCUAGUAUGAGAACUGUUGAUUGAUGACAGCGGAAUCCAAAUGGUAAACAGAAGAAUAUUUUGAAGCUUUUAUGAAUGUUUGUUGAUAUAACGUGUGUUUACUAAAUGAUGGAACCAAUUUAUCGACUGUUUUAUAAAUUGUUAAAAAUUUGAAGAAUUAUCUAAAAUUGACAUGAUUCUAUUAAUGUACUGUACAGUAUUUUAAUUUUUAUGUCUAAGAUAUACAUAAUGUUUUCAUAGUAAUUUUAUGAAAAUAGUAUUAAAAUAUAAUGAAGUUUUAAAGCUUUUUCCAUUUUUAUUAUUUUAAUAAGAUAUUAAAUUUGAAUGGCAACUAAAUGUAAUAAAAAUUUAAUAUACAAAUUGAUUUAAGGCUAAUUUUGCAGUGAUUACGAGAACUGUAUGGAAUAUGUAUAAGAUGUACGACCGGCAUUUUGAAAAGGCAAUUUUUUAAUACCUUACAUAUUUAUGAAACUGAAUUCAGAUGAAACGCUCACUUACAAUUAUUAAAUAGUAAAUUAUUAAUUUUUUAAACUUUUAUUUCUUAUAAA